AGCUAGGGCUGUUACUAUAAACCGCUGCAACUUGUGCCCUUUUUUUUCUCUACCCCGUCCAUCCUGCACUCGCAGAAGAUAGAAAAUUCUCCGGAAAGCCAAAUAAAAAAUGAAAGCCUGCGAGCUCUGCAAGUUUCCGGCGAGGACGUUCUGUGAAUCGGAUCAGGCGAGCUUGUGUUGGGACUGCGAUGCUAAAGUGCACGGAGCCAACUUUCUAGUGGCGAGACAUGUGAGGUGUCUCCUCUGCCAAACGUGCCAAUCUCUGACACCCUGGAGAGCCGCCGGGACAAAGCUUGGCCGGACUGUUUCGCUGUGCCAGAGCUGCGUUAGCGGUGGCGAGGGAGCUGAGAGCGAGGCCGAAAAUGAGGAUGAUGAUGUUUAUACCAGUGAUGAUGAAUCGAUUGAGGAUGACGGCGAUAUGGACGAGGAGGAGGAGGAGGAGGAGGAGGAUGGAGAUAAUCAAGUGGUGCCGUGGUCCUCGGAAGAAAAUACGCGUCUGCCGGCUUCGUCUUCUUCAAGUAGCGCAGAAUCUGGCUGUGCAAAAGAGGUCUCUGAAACUGUUAACACAUUUUCUUUGAAAAGAACGCGAGAAAGUUCUACAGAUCUUCGGACUCAGGAUUUGCUGUCGUUGAUGCCAUCGGACGUUCUCGACUAUUCGUCUUCUCGGCGGAAGUACGGCUCGGCAUCAGCGAGUCGGCGGAGACUAGAGGAGGAAGAGGCGGUUUCUGCCGACGCAACGAGGCCGUUGAAAGAACGACGGAUUGAAAUGGACUAUCCUGCGGUUCAUAUUUCCGGUUCGGUCCCGGCGGCAGCCGUUAAUUUGUUCAGGAGAUUAGGGUCAAAAAACUUGAAUAAAGAAUCCCAAUCCUUUGAUCUCAAUUCCUAGGGGAAGUGCCAUGUCGUUAGGUGAUCUGAUUGACCUCUUCUAACCAGUCUUAUUCAUAUUUGAUUGAGCGCUGACCAAUUAAAGAGUUAAUUUGUUUUGAUUUCUUCUAAGGCUGUAACUGCUCUUAACGUGAUGUACUUCCUGUUUGCUUGAUGAACAUAAUGCUAUUCUAUGGGUGUGUUUGGAAAACUCUCCUCGUAAGCAUCUCGCUUUAGAAUUUUGUAA